CAACGUGGGAACAGACCACCUGAACCACUGUGAUAAAUAGACUUCAGAUGAGCCGACGCCUCAGAGUCUGAACUGUCCAGACAGGAUGAACGGUUUUUGGUUUCUGCUGGUGCUUGUGUCUGUGGCCAGAUCGGAGAGGCUCUUCACUGGUGACCAGGUCAUCAGGGUCGACGCUCAAUCGGAGGAACAGAUCAAGCUGCUGCAGAUUCUGGAGUCUGAGGAAGAAUGGAAUCUGGACUUCUGGCGCCACCCGGUGUCCACGGAGCUUCCCGUUGACGUCCGAGUGCCCCGCAGCCACCUUGGUGCUGUGAAGGAGUACCUGAACGCCCACAGCAUCCCUUUCACUGUCAUGAUUGACGACGUCCAGGAGCUGCUUGAUCAGGAGAAAGCUGAGAUGAGAGAGAACCACAUCAGGCAGCGCAAGACCGGGAACUUCGACUUUGGAGCCUAUCAUCCUCUGGAGACAAUCUACAGCUGGAUGGACACGCUGGUGGCUCAGCACCCAAAUCUGGUGACUAAGCUGGAAAUCGGCAAAUCUUAUGAGAAAAGACCCAUGUACGUCCUCAAGUUCAGCACUGGAGGCACCAAUCGCCCUGCUAUCUGGAUGGACUUGGGCAUUCACUCCAGGGAGUGGGUGUCUCAGGCCACUGGAGUGUGGACAGCCAACAAGAUUGCCACUGAUUAUGGUACCGAUGCCUCUCUGACCUCCGUUCUGAAAACCAUGGACAUUUACAUGCUUAUUGUGGCCAACCCUGAUGGUUAUGUUUUCUCCCACACCAAAGACCGGAUGUGGCGUAAGACGCGUUCUUCAAACUCAGGAUCUGUGUGUGUCGGAACCGAUCCCAACAGGAACUGGGAUGCAGGAUUUGGUGGACCCGGUUCCAGUACCUAUCCCUGCUCUGAAACCUAUCAAGGCCCCUUUGCUCACUCUGAGAUAGAGGUGAAGAACAUCGUGAACCUGAUCCAGAGCCACGGCAACUUCAAGUCCUUCAUCUCCGUCCAUGCCUACUCCCAGCUCCUCAUGUACCCCUACGGCUACACCUGCAGGGGCUCUGCUGAUCAGGCUGAACUGGACUCUGUUGCCCGUGCUGCAGUGCAGAAACUCACGUCCCUCUAUGGCACCAGAUACAAGGUUGGAAGCAUCUGCAACAUCAUCUAUCAAGCCAGUGGUGGGAGCAUUGACUGGUCCUACGAUGUGGGCAUCAAAUACUCUUUUGCCUUUGAGCUGCGGGACACCGGUCGCUAUGGUUUCAUCCUUCCUGCUAAUCAGAUUAUCCCCACUGCCUCAGAGACUUGGUUAGCCCUGAAGCACAUCAUGGAGUAUGUUCGUGACCACCCAUAUUAGUGGGCUAUUGAUUCUGGGACCAAUAAAGCUACUUUUUGUCUCAGUG